UUCAUCACUGCACAUUGCACAAAUGUAUGUAGCCAUGUCAAGUCAAGAAAAUACAUAAAAAUAUUUGAGUUUGUUGUCUACGUUACAAUUCGCCUUAGCAAUUACAUUAAUAAGUUUCUAUCAAAACUCAAGUAAACAAUCUUGAAAAUGGUGAGAACAGUGUAUUCACCUGAAUAUUGUCUACAAUAUUUGGAACAGUAUGCGUCCAAAGAACCUUGCGUUAUUGGACUUAUUUUGGGACAGUCUACGACUGCACGGGAAAAUGUAAUCCAUUUAGCUCGGACCCCAGAAGAGAAAGCAUCAGACACAGGAUCUGAAUCAAGUUUUGGGACUAGUAAGGAGGUUGACUUUAACAAAACACUCCUUGAAAUAUCUGAGGCCUGGGUCGCUGACCAUGCUAAGCAUGUCACACGAAUGCUUCCUGGUGGCAUGUUUGUACAAGGAAUAUUUGUUACAAGUGAUGAAGAUAUUUUUGAAGACCCAAACUACUUCAGCAAGAUUAAAGUUAUAUUAAAUCACACAUACAAAGUUUUGAGUGUGAACCCGCUUAUGUAUGGUAACUGUCCGUAUUUGAAUGAGCGACUAGUCUUGCACAUGUCUACUCGUACUAAAGUCUUGACUUGCAAGAGUGUGGAAGUAGGUGGUGGCGCUAAGAACACUGUUAUUAAACCUGUGGAGUGGAAGUUCUUAGCCAAACCCCAGACAUGGCAGAGGUUGGAUUGUUAUUACGAAUUUGAUGAAGUGUAUCCUGUCAUUGUAAAGAAAAAUGGUAUAUCAGUUAAACAACAAUUUCAGCAAAUAUUAGAGUCAGCACAUCGGACCAUUGAGUCUAGUGUACUGUUCAUAGAUGGCGAGCUGAAGGAUGGUACUGAGCCUUUGGAUCAACUUAUUAAGAAGAAAAAGCCAAAAACAGCAGGAAAAGUACAAGAUGCCCCAAAGUCAAUGCAUGUGUCCUUGUUUGUGCCUUUUGAAAAUUCAAUGCCAGAGACUGUUGAAUAUUUAGAAUGUGAUGGAAGCAUACAUUUUAGCGGAGUAGUUUCAUCAAGCAUAUUUAUGUGUCCUAAAGCAACUAUAGGUGAAGCAGUGACUGCAGUUAAACAAGACAUAAUCAGGUCCCUUGCAUCAAGAUUCACAAUGCAUUGUGAUGCGUUGAUUGAUGACAAUUUAUUGCCUGAAGAGAAAGUGUGCUUCAACGAGCCUCCAAGACGAGUCCUAGUUCCCGUUGGUUCACUGUAUCUAUGUGACUAUUUGUUCCCUGGGGAAGCCCCGGCCGAAGCGUUGUUGUCAGUACGGGAAUUACUUGACCUACAGAUAACGGAGAGCGAUGUUGUAUGUGACGUAGAAACGCCAGCAGAUACUUCAGAGUUCGACGCUCUAGACCGAGACGCGAGCAGUGAGGAACUGCUGGCUACACCACAAGAGGCCAGCCAGUUCAUGUACAUCACAGGCAUCUGCUUCGCCAUGUUGGUUCUCGUGGUCUCCAUCAUCGUGCAUUAUUACGAUAGCAUAGUCGAGGUCAUAAGCAGAGUGAUCACUAAAUUCAGGGGCUAGAAUAGUACUAUUGUUAUUGCAUUGUUGACAAUUUCUUACACUAUGAAGAACUGGCUAAGUAAAGUUUUCAUAACUGU